AUAAUGAAACAACAAUUUUAUCUCAAUCAUCUCAAGAAGAUUUGAUCGAAGUAGAAUCUCUAUUCAUAUUCCUAUCUACUUCUCAAAACACCAUGCUUCUUUCUCAAGAAGAUGAUAACUAA